AGAAUGGCAGCCUCCAUCAUUGAUGACUGGCAAUCCUGUAGGAACAUACAGUAUUGUAAUAAAUAUAUGUGGACCAAUCAGAUCGCCUGUGACAUAGAAUUCUUGGUGGGGGAGAACAAGGAGAAGGUGGCGGCACACAAAUAUGUUUUGGUCAGCAGGAGUUGUGUUUUCUUCUCCAUGUUCUGUGGACCCCUUGCUGAGACACAAAGGGAAAUAACUCUACCUGAUAUUGAACCACCUGUAUUUAAGGCACUACUAGAGUUCCUCUACACAGACAGUGUAGACUUACAGCCAGACAUAGUGCUGCCAUUGUUGUAUGCUGCCAAGAAAUACUCCAUCCAGGCUCUGGUGAAACAAUGCAUUCAGUAUCUUGAACUGGAUCAGACCACUGAGAACAUCUGUGCUAUUCUUGAACAGUCACAUCUGUAUGAUGAACAUGAACUUCAGCGGAAAUGCAUGAGCUACAUCUGUCGACACACUAAAGAAGUCUUACAUUCAGAAGAUUUUCUAAGCCUUUCUUCCAAGUGUCUCGAAAUUAUUUUAUCCAGUGAUGAAUUGCAGAUUGAUGAGAAGUCGGUUUUAGAUGCUGCUUUGAAAUGGGCAGUUGCUCAAUGUGAGGAAAAAGGUUUGGACAUUAAUGCAGAAAACCAAAGAAAGGUCUUGGGGGACAUUAUUUAUUUGGUUAGAUUUCCUUUACUAGGAGAUCAGUAUUUCACUGAGGUUGUAGCAGAUAUGGACAUACUGACUGAUGCCGAAAAAGUCGAACUCUUCAAGUUUUUCUUCAAGAAGGAGAGAAGUAGAAAAUGUAAGUUCAGUGCAAUAAACAGAUAUUCAGGAUUGGAUUCUCCUACCUCCAUGACUACAUCUUUCCACUCUGACGUAAAUGACAGUCGGCCCAUACAGACUUGUAUCCGGUAUCAAACCGUUUAUGAGGAUGGUUCAUGGUACUGUGGUGGUGAACCGGAUGCCAUCUCCUUCACCUGCAAUGAAAAGAUCUCCCUGCACGGUAUUCUUGUAUAUGGAUCGUACAUUGGUGAGGGAGUGUAUGAUGUGACAUGCUCCAUUUACGAUACGAUGGAAGUAGAAAAAGUCACCAGAAAAACCAGGUUAAAAACCAGUGAGAGCCAGCACACUUAUCCCAUUCUCUUAGAGACACCCAUUGAUAUUGGACCAGGAAAGAAGCAUUCGUUAGUGGUGAAACUUAUUAGUUCUGAUGGGCUGGAUACGUAUCAAGGGAAGAAUGGACUCAGCACUGUCACCUGCUCAGGUGUGCGCUUUAGUUUCAGUAAAUCUAAGUUCAGUCGCAAUGGAACUGAUGUGAAGAUUGGACAAAUUCCAGGCAUUUUGUUUACAACUAACAGGGACUUCUCAGAUGAAUAUGAUUCCACGUAAUUAUUUUGUACACUAUACAGUAAUUCUUUGUAUCAGUAAUUCAACUGUAAAUUGUAAAUACAUGCUGUAAUCACAAAUUUAAAAUUAGUAUUCUGUACAUUGAUAAUCUAUGUAAUAAUUAGGUAUAAGCAGUAAGUUAUACAUUUGUGUUCUUUUAUAUGCACUGCAUUGUACAUUGCAUUUUCUGAAAACCUUUCUUAAAAUUUGUAUUCAUGUACUGUAAUGUAAUACUAAUAGAUUACAUGUAUUUUCACUUAGUGGAAACCUUUAUUUAAUCAGGAAAUUAUACAAUUAUAUAUUAAUUGUAAUUAAUUCUUUCAAGCAGUUAAUGCACUGCUUUACAAAUUUUACUGGAAAUC